AGUGUAGAACACCAACCGAGAAGUAUUCUCCCUCCUCCCUCUCCUGCUCGGUGGUUGAAGAUGUCGUCGCGUUACUCGACUGUUCCCCAGUCACCCAUCGACCCCUUCAUCCAGUCCCCGAUGACUGCCGACGAAGACUACGGCGUCGCUAGCCAAGAUCGGGUCUUUGAAGAGCUCCUUGAUGCGGAGGUGGCCGUGAACUUGGAAAAACUGCGCGAGGCAGCCCGCAUGGGCAUCCCGCCUGCCUACCGCGGCGUGGUCUACCGCUACCUGCUGGGCGUCGCCUUCACCGACAAGUCGAGCGAGAUGACGAUGGAGGAGCUGCAGGACAAAGACUUCCAGCUGCUGCGGGGCGCCUACACGCGCAUCUGGGGCGGCGCGGACGAGGACGACGAUCGCGGUGACGCGGGAGGUGGCGCUGACAUAGGCGGCGGACGAGGUACGAGCAGCAAGGUCGCUGCGACGAACGCGCUGAAGACACUCUUGGCCUUCUCUACCUCUUCCACUGCGUCGGCGGUUGGGGCGACAAACCUCAGUGGUCCACUGCAGACCCGCCUAAGCAGCGACGACGCGGAUUGCAGCCGCUGCCCUUUACACAUGCCUUUUACCUAUCGCAGCUCCUCCGCCGUCUUGUCCCACACACCCUCCGCCACCUUAGCGGCGUGGGAGGAGGCGCUGGCGGCUCUCCGCCACGCUGUGCCGUACAAUCACGAUGCGCGGCAGCGAGCGAAGAUCGAGUCGGCGGUCGCCGCCCUGCAAGUCAUGUACAGCGCGGUCUCGAUCGACCACGUCCAGCUGCUCGUCCUCUUUGCUCGCCAGCUCGACCUCAUCUCGAGCACUGCCCGCGACACCUUCUUCACCGUCAACGCGCUCUAUCAAGUCUUGACGCGGGAGCGAAACAUCCUGCACGGUGAACGGGCGCUGCAGCUUCACUGUGCAAACUUUCUCAUGCUCUUUCGAGCCACGCUGCCCCCCUUGUACGAGCACUUCCUUGCAGAGGGCGUGACGACGUGGGAGUGGGUGCCGAGUCUGUUGACGAGCUUCUUUGCGAGUCGCAUGCACCCCGAUGACGUCUGUGCGCUGUGGGACUACUACUUAGCGGACAAGAGUGAGCACCAGGCGAUGGGUCUGCACCCCUACGCGUGCCUCGCAACGCUGUCUGCCCUGACGGAGUUGUUGAUUGAGGCGGAAAAGACGGAGCUGCUGUACUGCUUAGAGCACCUCCCGCGUAUCGACACGGCGGCCAUCAUGCGGAAGGCGGUGCUGAUUCGAGAGUCGGUGUACUCAAAAGGGCUGUUGGCGUGA